AUGGACAACACGGCCUCCACCGACGACUUCACCUCGAAAGAGCAGGUCAUUGACCAAGUUCCGAAGCGCAUCAAGUCGCUGCAAUUCGGCCUUCUCAGUCCCUCCGAUAUCAUCGCACAGUCCGUCGUGCCAGUCGCAGACCGCAACUUAUACGACUUGGCGACACAACCUGGUGCAGGACGAAGCAUCACCAAACAUGGACCACUCGAUCAGCGUCUGGGAACAUCGUCGAAGAAUGGACUGUGCGGAACAUGUGGACAGGGCUUGAAAGAGUGCAAUGGACAUUUCGGACAUGUGAAGUUGGCUUUGCCAUGCUUUCACUACGGAUACAUCAAAAAAGUCAUCGAUGCAUUGAACUGCGUGUGCAAGGAGUGCAGCAGAGUGCUGCUGCCGGAAAAGGACAAGAGAGCCUAUCUGAAGAGCCUGAGACGACCCGGACUUGACGGCCUUAGAAAGGAAGUCUUGACGAAGAAAAUCUCGGCUGAAUGCAGAAAGGUGAAGGUGUGCCCACACUGCUCUGCCUUCAAUGGCCCUGUCAGAAAGGUUCCCGGUCAUCCGGUGAAGAUGUUUCACAACAAGUACGCCAUCUACACGAACUCCAAUGCGAAGAGCAAGGUCAAGCCGGCGCAUAUGCAGGCUUUCGAGGCGACAUUCGAAGAGGCCAUCAAAGCGAAUCCGGAGAUCGAGCGACACAUGAAGCGUGCCGCGGAUGAUCUCACCCCGUUGAGAGUAUUGAACAUCUUGAAGAAAGUACCAAACGCGGAUGUGGAGCUUCUUGGCAUGGAUCCGCACAGUGGUGGACGGCCUGAGUACAUGAUAUGGACCAGCAUUCCUGCUCCACCUGUGGCGAUUCGUCCUUCUGUGGCACAAGAGACCGCCAGCACUGAAGACGACAUCACGAACAAGCUAGGCGACAUCAUUCAAAUCAACAGUCUGAUGAUUGCAACACUUCGUGCCGGACAGCAACUCUCAAAGGUCAUGGACAUGUGGGAGUUUCUCCAAGUUGCAGUACCCAUGCGCGUUGCUGUCAACAUGACAUAUCCCGAGCGAGUGACAAAACAUAACUUUGAGAAACUCAAGGCAUGUGUUCGACGUGGUGAUAAAGUUCACCCUGGUGCCAAUUUCAUCGUCAAGGGACGGGAUGGUCGAAGAGUGGUCCUCCGCAUGGUGGGUCUCAAGGGAGAUCUGAAAAAAGUCGCAGAUCAGCUCGAGAUUGGAGAUACUGUUGAACGACAUCUGGAAGAUGGAGAUAUCGUCCUGUUCAACCGUCAGCCCUCUCUCCACAAGCUCUCCAUCCUGUCACAUCGAGCCAAGAUUCGACCUUGGAGGACAUUCCGACUCAACGAGUGUGUCUGCAAUCCUUACAACGCCGAUUUCGACGGUGACGAGAUGAAUUUGCACGUCCCGCAGACGGAAGAAGCACGAACAGAAGCCACUGAGCUGAUGGGCGUGAAGCACAAUUUGGCCACUCCCAAGAACGGAACCCCAAUCAUUGCCGCUAUUCAAGACUUCAUCACGGGAGCAUUUCUCAUCAGUCGGAAGGACCAGUUCUUCAACCGACGCCAAUUCAACCAAGCGGUCACAUUCAUGUACGACGGAUUACAAGUCAAGGAUCCACUCACCGGUGAAACGCACAACAUCGAGAUCCCGGCGCCAGCCAUUUGGAAGCCGCAGACACUCUGGACUGGCAAGCAGAUCUGGGACGUUCUGAUGAAGCCGCACAGACACUAUCCCGUCAAUGUCAAUCUUGAAGCCAAGCUCAAGUCAUUCGCACCCCCGAAGCGAAAAGGUGACAUCGAUGACAUGGUCGAUUCGGACUCCUACCUGGUCAUUCGAAACAGUGUGACCAUGUGUGGUGGGUUCGACAAGGCGACAGUUGGUGAUGGCAAGAAGACCAGUGUCUUCUACGUGAUCAUGAGAGAUUUCGGCGUCGACUAUGCUGCAGCUGCCAUGACGCGACUUGCCAAACUGUCUGCUCGAUGGCUGGGCGAGCAAGGCUUCUCCAUUGGCAUUAGUGAUGUCUAUCCCAGCGACAAGCUGAAUCUGCGGAAGAAGGAACUCGUCGACGCCGCAUAUCGGCAGUGUGACGAAAUCAUCGACAAGUUCAAGAAGGGCCAGCUUGAACGAAGCGCUGGGUGCGACGAGGAGCAGACCAUGGAGAUUCUCAUGUCUGGUAUUCUGAGCGCAGUCCGACAGCAGUGCGGUGACGCUUGCUUCGCCGAGCUGAGCAAGUUCAACGCACCUUUGACCAUGGCGAAAUGUGGGUCCAAAGGAUCCAACAUCAACGUCUCGCAGAUGGUGGCGGCCGUCGGACAGCAGAUUAUUGGAGGCAAACGUGUCCUGGAUGGCUUCCAAGAUCGCACACUGCCGCACUUUCCCAAAGCGAGUCGCGAUCCGCUCGCCAAAGGUUUCGUCGUCGACAGUUUCUUCAGCGGUCUCAGCCCGACUGAGUUCAUCUUCCACGCCAUGUCUGGAAGAGAAGGUCUGGUCGAUACCGCUGUCAAGACCGCCGAGACGGGCUACAUGUCUCGUCGGUUGAUGAAGAGUUUGGAAGAUCUGAGCGCGCAGUACGACUUGACAGUUCGAAACUCUUCAUCCGGCGUCGUGCAGAUGAAGUUUGGUGAUGACGGUCUCGAUCCGGUGGACAUGGAGGGCAAUGCGAAGCCGGUCAACUUCGAUCGUACCUGGAUGCAUGCCAUCACCAGCACCUGGGACAACUCCGAGCGCGGUCUGACUCAGAAUGAGAUCGAAGAGAUGGUCCACGAGACUCUCGACAAGGAGCGCGCCAAGCUGGUCAGAAUCACUGACGAUGGUUUACCUCUGCCCUACAAGGAUGCCACUCCAAAAUCGACUGAUCAGCUGGAAUACAGCAGGACCUUCCUCGACGAUGUGACGAACUACAUCUUCAAACAUGUUCGCAAGCUGGUCAGCUCGCAACAUCGACACCGCGGCAGUGACGAUGUCUUCAAGCUGUCCCAGUCAGCGCUGGAAUGCUUCCUCUACCUCUGUUUGAGGAAGUUUGAAAAGUCCAAGGUCGAAGCCGGCCACGCUGUCGGAGCUGUCGGAGCACAGUCCAUCGGUGAGCCUGGUACCCAAAUGACCUUGAAGACUUUCCAUUUCGCCGGUGUCGCCGGCAUGUCCAUCACACAAGGUGUACCUCGUAUCAAGGAGAUCAUCAACGCCAGCAAGUCCAUCAGCACACCCGUCAUCACCUGCGCCCUCGACUCGCCCUACGAAGAAAUGGCAGGCCGCUUCGCCAAAGCACUGAUCGAAAAGACCUACCUCGGCGACAUUGUCGACUACAUCGAAGACGUCUGGCACGCCCACGGCUGCUACAUCAACAUGCGCGUGAACUGGGAACAAGUCGAGAACCUCGGUCUCCGCAUCACAAUGUGGCACAUCACCGAAGCCAUCAACCGCUCCAAGGGUUUCAAAUCGAUGGGUGUGUCUGCCAGCGCUUCCGAAUCCCACAUCCGCGUCCGCCUCACCCUCCCCGACAGCUCCAAACUCCGCAAAGCCGCCGCGACCAAACAUCUCCGCUUCUCCGACAACGACGACUCCGAAGUCCUCUUUAUGCAAAUCCACACUCUCAAACGCAAACUCCCCGCCGUGGUUGUGAAAGGCUACCCCGACGCGGCCCGCGCCAUCAUGAAAAAGGACGACAAAGCCGACGCCUCCGGCCGCGAACCCAUCUCCGUGCUCGUCGAAGGCUACGGCUUGAAAGCCUGUAUGACCACCGAUGGCGUGGACGGAUACCGCACGAAAUCCAACAACGUCAUGGAAUGCAAAGACGUGCUCGGCAUCGAAGCCGCGAGAAAGACCAUCAUCGACGAAAUCUCCGCCGUCAUGGGCGGUAUGGACAUUGAUCCUCGACACAUGCAACUCCUCGCGGACGUGAUGACGUACAAAGGCGAAGUGUUGGGCAUCACGCGCUUCGGGCUGGCGAAGAUGAGGGACUCGGUGCUACAGCUCGCGUCGUUUGAGAAGACGCCUGACCAUCUGUUUGAGGCGGCGGCGAAGAUGAAGAAGGAUGACAUCGAGGGUGUGAGUGAGUGUAUCAUCAUGGGUCAGGUGAUGGGUGUGGGAACCGGAGCGAUGAAGGUUGUGAGACCGCUGCAUUUGACUGGAGAGGUGAAUCAUGUGGGGAAUAUUACGUUCAAGGGAGAGGUCAAGGCGGGGUUGGCGGCGAGGAAGGAGAGGGCGAGGGAGAGGAGGGAGAAGUUGUUUGGUAGGGAGGGGAUGUUGAGUGGUGGGGGUGGACGCACUGUUUUGGUGAUGCCAACGACACCGUGUUUCGCCGUUGUGUAG